AUGCGGUUGCCCAGCUGCAAACGAUGUGGAGCGGAUGGAGAAGGGAAAAAAGAGCUGGCUCCCCCCUUCAGAAACCCCUUCGUCCAUGAUCUGAGGUUCACUCCUCUUCAGAAACUACAGAUCGCUGUGAUGACAGUGACCCUGUUCCCCAUCCGUCUGUUCGUGGCUGCUUUCAUGAUGCUGCUGGCCUGGCCCUUCGCUUUCAUCGCCACGAUCGGACGCUCGGAGACUGCCGUAGAGCCACAGUGCCUGUGGAGAAGAUGUGUAGACGUGGUCCUGCGGACAAUCAUGCGGAUCAUGUGGUUUGCUGGUGGUUUUCACUGGAUGAAUGUGAAGGGUCGACAGGCGUUGCCGGCCGAGGCGCCCAUCCUUACCCUCGGCCCGCACUCCUCCUAUUUCGAUGCCAUUCCGGUUACCAUGACAAUGUCCACCAUCGUGAUGAAAGCGGAGAGCAAAGACAUUCCAAUCUGGGGCACACUGAUCAAGUACAUCCGGCCCGUGUUCGUGUCACGGUCAGACCAGGACUCCCGGAGAAAGACCGUGGAAGAGAUCAAACGAAGGGCCCGCUCUGGAGGGGAGUGGCCUCAGGUAAUGAUAUUCCCUGAGGGGACGUGUACCAACAGGUCCUGUCUGAUCACGUUCAAACCAGGUGCUUUUAUUCCAGCUGUACCCAUCCAGCCGAUCGUUAUCCGAUACCCCAAUCAGCUGGACACUAUUACUUGGACGUGGCAGGGCCCUGGAGCGUUCAAAAUCCUUUGGUUGACUCUCUGCCAACUUCACAAUGAGUUUGAGAUGGAGUAUCUGCCUAUCUACACGCCAUCUGAGGAGGAGAAGAAAAACCCAGCCCUCUUUGCCCACAACGUCAGACGUGUGAUGGCCAAGGCAUUGCAGGUUCCUGUGACAGACUACUCCUUUGAGGACUGCCAGCUGGCUAUGGCAGAGGGACAGCUGAAACUACCAGUGGACACAUGUUUACUGGAAUUCGCCAAACUGGUCAGGAGACUGGGGUUGAAGAGGGAGAAGUCACAGAGGCUCCUGGAGGAUUAUGGGAACAAAGCCAAAAAACUGCAGGGGGAGAAAGUGAGUCUGGACGACUUUGCCCGGUUCCUGGACGUGCAGGAGUCCGACACGCUGAGGGACAUGUUUGCCCUCUUUGACGAGCAUGAGGAUGGUAAGAUGGACAUUAGAGAAUUUGUAACGGCCUUAUCCGUGGUGUGCAGACCUGCAAACACUUUGGAAACUAUGAAGCUGGCCUUCAAGAUGUUUGCGGCUGAAGAGGAUGGGGCAGUCACAGAGGAAGAGCUGGCGAGGAUCCUGAAGUCAGCCCUGGGCGUAGAGGAGCUGAAAGUCACGCGUCUGUUCCAGGCCAUCGACGUGGAUGACACGGCGAAACUCACCUUCGACGAGUUUAGGAGCUUUGCCGAGCAGCACCCGGAUUUCGCCGAGGAUUUCCUCUAUUCAGAUAACAGUGGUUUCUGGAACCGUGGCGGGAGCUCCGCCUCCACCCCGACCGCCAACGGCUUCUGCGCCGACUUCACCCCCGACCAUCAGCCCCAUCGGGCCAACGACGCCCAGAAAAAACUCAACUGA